AUGUUACCUUGCCCUCUACGCCUUCCACGUGAUGCCGCCAACCCAGCCUUCUCACCCUCUGACCAGGCUCUGCCAGCUGGUAUAAACCAAUGUAAUAGCCAUGGUCAUGCUCAUCUCGAACAAGCCAUCGGUUUGUCGCAUUUUCGACCGAUAGCCUCUGCCAUAGGAGGGGGACCUGGAGUAGUUUUGGCUGGUGCCGGACGUCAGCUGUCGACGGCUCUCACUACUAAUGAUGGACUCUUUGGUGUGAUUCCUGAUGCAUUAGCAAUGACCUUCGCAUCAACGAAUGUUGAGGAGGAGGACGAUGAUUACCAUCGUCUUUCUGAUUUUUCUUCAAUCAUGGCAGAUCUCCAGUUACAUUCACGUGGUCCGCCUCGCCGCCUUCCUUCUACAAAAGGUUCCCUUCAGUUUGUCCCGGCCAACAAUGAAAAUCGAUGA